AUGGGCAAACAACCUCUGAAUAACAACGAAAUCACUCAAUCGAAAAUGACUAAGAUAUUCUUGAAUGAUAUCGUUUCUACUGUAAACAAGGCCAGUGAAUGCUCCAAUAUCCAUAGACCAUACAUUAUUGGUCAUCGAGGAAGCAAUAAAUAUCCCGAAAACACUGUACUUGGAAUAGAACAAGUGAUAGCUGAUGGAGCAGAUGGGAUAGAAUUUGAUCUCCAAAUGACCGCUGACGAUCAAAUAAUUAUUUGUCACGAUCCAACUUUGGAUCGAACUACGACUGGUUCUGGACGUAUCUCUUUGGUACCAUAUUACGGCGUAAUCGAACACCUUAGAACAAAAGGCAACCCACAAUGUCCGAUUCCUCGUGUAGACGACAUUAUAGAGGUCAUUAUGAGACCCGAAAACUCGCAUGUUUUCGCAGUACUAGAUAUCAAAUUCAAUAACGGUCCAACUAUACUUGAAGUUCUCUCGAGCAUAUUAAAAAAGUACAGCAAUGACGAUCUUUCGAUAUUUAAAACCCGUCUUUUUCUUGGCAUAUGGCAUCCAUCGUUUCUACCUUAUUGCCACUCUUAUCUGCCACAGAUACCAAUAAUGCAUAUCGGAAUGUCUCUUCAAGUAGCAGAGACGUACUUCCCAGACGUGGCAGGAUACAAUCUUUUGUUUGUGUCAUUAUCGGGAUUUCAUGCCCAGAAAUUCAUAGAUAACGCUCGCGCGAACGGAAAGUUAGUCUUUGUGUGGGUAGUUAAUCAUCGUGGUUCGUAUAAUUAUUGCAGGAGGCGGGGAGUGGACGGGGUGAUGACGGACUGGACCGAGUAUCUUUUGAAAUUGGAUGCAGAGUGGGAUGAAAACGAGAGCGUGUUUGGUCGUAUCGGGAGAAUUGUGAGGAUGUGUUUGUAUACGGUUUGGAAAGUGAUUGCUGAACGGCGAAUCAUAAAAAGGAUGAACAGCAUUGCACCGAAAGAGGCUGGUGUGCAAUCUUUACAUGUAAAUUAA